UAGCCAUCAUACUUGUGUCCUCAAGUGUGGGUGCGACUUCUCUUUUCUGGAAACAGGAAGGACAUGAGCCAAAACCUUAUAAGCAAGAGCUUUGACAUCAGUUAGUGAGUUUUCACCCUGACAACAUGUGCACUGGAAAAUGCUCCCGUUGCAUUGCUGUUACUCUGUACCCAUUAGUGGUCAUAGCCAUCAUCUGUAACAUAGUGUUGUUCUUUCCUGGCGGGGACAUCAAGUACGCCAAAGAUGGACACAUUACCGAGGAGGUGAAAUACAUGGGGGGACUCGUUGGAGGGGGUUUACUGGUGUUGAUCCCAGCACUUUACAUCGGCUUGACUGGAGAAGAGGGCUGCUGUGGAAAUCGCUUUGGGAUGUUCUUAUCCAUUGUAUUUGCUGCAGUGGGUGUGGCCGGUGGCCUUUACAGUGCCUUUGUAGCGGUGCUUGGUUUGAGUAACGGGCCCCUCUGCAAAGUUGGUGAUGAAUGGACAACACCUUUUAAAAACAGUGAUUUUUCCUACCUGACUGAUGACAAGUUGUGGGGAAACUGCAUAGAGCCUAAGAACGUGGUGCAGUUCAACGUUGGAUUGUUCAUCAUUCAGAUAGCAGUCAGCAGCCUGCAGGUGAUUCUCUGCGCCAUUCAGAUGAUCAACGGCUUCUUUGGCUGCCUGUGUGGAGCCUGCAACGACAAAGAGGAACCAUGGUCAGGAAGCUCUGAUCGUGUACAAUUAUACUACAUCUGAAAAGACGACUGUUGCCGAGACUAGUGUUCCUGAGUGAAUCUGUAUAAAACAUUCACUUUGAAAUUGUUGCAGUCUCUGACAACAGAUUUUAACAUUUUAUGUAUAUUUUAUGAUGCUCCACAUGGUUGCAACGCAUUAGUUUAUGUUGUGAAAUAAGCACAGUUUCAGGAAUAACUCAUGCUAAUUAUACUCUAAAGUGGUUUUCGAAAUAUAAGCUGCUGAUCCCCUGCUACAGCUCUUUGUUGUGUUUUAUCACAUUUAGCAUUUUACUGUAAUAUUAACUGUUUGGCUUAUACAUUUCAGGCAAAAUAAUAAAUACCACGCCUUCUUCUUCAGUAACACGUUUUAUGUUGAUUGUAUGAUUACAAUAAAUGUCACUCAAUACUG